GUUGUUUUCCUACUUGUGAAGUUCUGAAUUCUGCAUUCUGCAAUUUCAUUCCUCAUUUUUUACGCCAUGCUUUGUUUAAUUUUUACUUAGUAUGUACUUUGGUCUUACAUACUUAAAUGUGUAAAGUACUUCCUUUCUCUUCCACUUGAAAUAAUUAAUGGCAUAAAAGCUUCACGGGGCUCCAAUCAUGGACGAUAAAAUCCGAAAAAAAUUUACAGUACAAGCAGUGAAACUCAUUGCUGAUUACGGAUCAGAUUCUGAUUUCGAUAAUACACCCCCCAACGAGAAGACCGAUGAAAAUAAUAUGGAAGAAGAAUCUGAUUCAGUCGAGCUUAGCGAAAUGGUUCUAAAGCAUAAUAUAAUAAAUGCAUGUGCUCACGGUCCGCUUUCGGAGCCCAGCAAUAAUGAAGAAGUUACUAGGCAUAUGAUAAUUGAUAGUUCGCAAAACAGUGUGACUGAAUAUGAUGUCACUUCAUAUAGAGAAGAUGAUAAGAGUGAAAGUGAUUCAGAUUCAGACAGUUCUGAUGAUUCAAGUGAUAUAGUAGGUGUUAAGUGUGUAGAUGAUUUGUCCAGUGGAGAUGAAGGAGGAGACACAAAUCCAAGUAAGAUUGUACCACCUAAAGUACAAGGUGAGUUAGGUUUAGAUGACCUGCCUCCUAUUGAGGACCUCACCAUUAGUCUGCCAGCUCAAGAAACCACCAACAUUGGCAAGGUUUUAAAUAUAAUUGAUAGAUUAGUUAUUGUUCAAGCAUUCCCUGGCACCUCGGCUGUGGAUAUAGAUACUAUAUUAUUUUUAGAAAAUGGUGCAAAAGCCCUGGGAAAGGUGUUUGAUGUUUUUGGACCUGUUCGAGAGCCCCACUACUGUGUACGGUUUAAUUCCCCAGAGCACAUAGUUGGGCGUGGGAUUGAGAUUGGCAUGGAAGUGUGUAUAGCGCCAAGGACGUCACACACCAACUAUGUGUUUGUUAAUGAACUCAUGAGAUCUAAAGGGUCGGAUGCAUCAUGGUUGAAUGAUGUCGAGCCUCCUCCCGGCCACAUUGAGUACUCUGAUGAUGAGGAGGAAAGAAGAGCCAGGAAAGAGAAGAAACAAAGUAGACAACAUGCAGAUAAUCACGACAAAGGAGAGGCUUCUAACAAUCCACAGAGAAAGAUCAUUGAACCUAGAAGAAAUAGACCGGUGCAGCAAUUUAGCAGAUUUGGUGCAACUAGCCGCCCAUGUAACGCGCCAUUUAGAGUUGCGACUCCUCUGUUAAGCAAUAUGUUACAUCAAGAGUAUGAUAACAGUAUCCCACCUCCACAUCUCAUGGCUCCCAGAUUUUCUGUACCACCCGGCUUCAGUGCUCCGAUGCAUAAUGCAUUCCGAAUGCCCAGACACCAAUUCGGGAGAAUGGCUCCUAUGCCGCCACCAAAUAUGCCCAAUUUUGGACAGAAUAUGUCUGUCUUCGGCGCAGCAAACUUUUGGAAUUAUGGAGGGCCGUUUGGCCAAAUGAUCUACAGACCACCCCCACCACCCCCCGGGACAUAAUCAAUUGAUGAUACUCUCCUUGUACCAAUAAGUGUUUGAUAUUCUAGUGUUGUUAUCCAAAUACUUGUAUUUAUCUCUAAAAUAUAUAGUUACAGCGUGCAUUAAUUAAUUUUAUUGCAUUAUAUUAUGUAUAUUACUGUGAAUAAAGUUUGUUAAGAUAUUC